ACUCCACACUGGGCUCUGAUCCGCUCAAACACGAUACACCCUUCUUCCCAUGGGCCUCCUCGAUCACUUGUGGGAUGACACCGUUGCCGGCCCUAGGCCGGACAACGGUCUCGGCAAGCUCCGAAAGCACCACACCUUCGCUUUCCGAAAUAGCUCCGGCAAGGAAUCAGACACCGGAAGCGUGAAAUCGUACGGUGAGGAUUCGCCGGAGGAUGCGGUGAGAGUGACGCGUAGCAUCAUGAUCGUGAAACCACCUGGAUACCAGAGUCAGAGUGGAUCGGCUCCGGUUUCCCCCGCCGGUUCUACUCCUCCGGUGUCUCCGUUUUCUGGAGCUAGAGAGUCCUUCCGUUUUCGGAGAAGGUCGACAUCCGAUGCGUACGAGAAGACAGGGCAGAACAGACCAAGCUCUUCUUCUCCUUUCGAUGUGUGAGAAAUGAGCUUGAUCAUCGCUUUCUACUCCAUGGAUAUGACUGAAAAUAUAGCUUGUUUUUCUCUGGCCUUAGUCUGCUGUAUCCAUUAUCCAUUUUUGUUUAGCUUGGAGUGCAUAUACGUUAGUCUGCUGUAUCCAUUAUCCAUUUUUGUUUAGCUUGGAGUGCAUUUACGUAUAUAUAUGUAUAUGAAUGUGUUUAUUAGUUGAUCAGUGAGCGGUUGAGGUCGUGGGGUGAUGUGAGAUAGUUGUGUUGUUUAGCUUCUCGGUCUUAAUUAGUUUACUGUUGAGCUGUGUACGUAGUGGCUCGUAAGCUGUAAAUAAAGUAUGGUAGAGAUGUAUCUUGAUAUGUGUAUGUAUAUAAAGAAAAAGUCUUUCUAAAGUUUGAUGGGUGUUUUUGCUCUCUGAAUGUAAGCAUCAUAUCUUUGGGUAAUUUGAAGUAUCAUGAUCUGUUAUCGGAUUGAAAAUGAGGAUUGAGGGGAGAGAGACAGAAGAGCUAAGCAUAAAAAAUGGACAAUGGUUCAAUACGUAAAUUAAUUAUGUCUUCAAGGAUGGCUUCUGAGUUCCAAGAACAGGACACUUUGGGAUGGGGCGUUGUCUUCAAAGUAGGCUUGAUGGGGCUUUGUCUUCAACGAUGGCUUCUGCAUAAACGACACCUCUAGAUGGGGCUUGGCCCACUAGUAUUAUUGAAUAUAUUUCCAUGUCUUCAUGUCGGAACGUCCAUUUUUCUUUUUUUAUUCAACGACACGUUUACAUAUGUUUUCAUUUCGAAUAUAUGCCUUUCUUUAAAAUCUCAAUAAAGUUUUUAUUUUAUUUUUUAUUUU